GGAUGCUAGGUGUGAGGAGGGUCGCGCCCUGGGGAGAAAAUACUCCGGAUCACUCCUACGGCAUUCCAGAAAAAAAUCCCUUCAUUUGAAUAUUGGCAGAGCGAGCAUCAGACCCUGGACACUACAUCUAGUGAGGAGAAUACCGUCAGGAUUUAAACGCUCCACAACCACCACCUCCUGUCAUCCUCUCCCCUCCACCUCUCUCUCCUCUACCUCUCUCUUUCCUUCACCUCACUCUCUCCUCUACCUCUCUCCACCCCUCUGCGGUGCCAGGGACUCCCUCCCGGGUGAAGUUAUGGCUUGGGGUUGGUGGUGCUGGUGGAAGAUCGUUUUCAUGAUGAGCAUCUUCCGUCACUACCGGAGCGCCAUGCUGGACUGCCCGCCAAGCUGUAUCUGUUCCCCGGAGGAAGUGUUCUGUAACCGGUCUGACAGCGACCGCUUCUUCCCGCUGCUUGUCGUCCAAGAGCAUGAGAGCAACCGAUCCACUGGCGACAUGGAGGACCUGUUCACCAACAUCACUUCCAUACACAUAGAGAACUGGAGCGGACUGCAGACUCUCAGAGAUGUGGACAUGGAACUCUACAUCGGCCUGCAGCGACUGACCAUAACUAGCUGUAGGUUGAGGUCUAUCCAUGCGCGUGCCUUCCACCAGAACAUUGAACUGUACUACAUAAACCUGUCGAAGAAUCCCCUGACCACACUGUCCUGGCAGCUCUUCAAACACCUCCAACUCUCUGAGCUGCGACUAGAGGGUGUAGAGUUUGUGUGUGGCUGUGGUCUCCGCUGGCUGCAGCUGUGGCAGCAGAGGGGAGAAGCUUCUCUCCACACUCAGACGCUGGUCUGCAGGAACCGAGACGACGUCAUCCCCCUGCACAACAUGUACAUCACUAGCUGUGACCUUCCUGAGGUCAGUGUGAGUGCGUCCAGUGUGUUUGUGACAGAGGGGGACGAUGUGACACUGAGCUGCAACGGGACGGCCUCCCCGCUACCCGAGGUGGACUGGACCAUAGGGGGUCUACACACCAUCAACACACACCAGUCUAUUGUCUACAGUCCUAGUCUCCACUCCAUCAGUAUGCGUCUUUUCAACACCAGUCCGGAUGAUAACGGCUUCCAGCUGAUCUGCAUCGCUGAGAACCUGGUGGGCAGCAGCAACGCCUCCGUGCAGCUGAACGUCAUGUUCUCUCCGGUGAUCCUAAAGCUGUCAGCGCCCCAGCGUCGCCAUGACACCUGUCUGGAGUUCUGGGUCCGCGGCCACCCUCCGCCCCGGCUGCGCUGGCUCCGGGGGACCCGCGACCUGAUCCAGUCCGAUGUGAUCCGCCUGGAGCUGGACUCCUACCAAGACUCCCUGGAGGGCUGCCUGCUCUUCAGGAACCCCACCCACCUGGACAACGGGAACUACACCCUAGAGGCCACCAACACCCUGGGCACGGCCACCAAGACCCUCUACGCCCAUUUCCUGCAUCCGCCCGACCUCGACGAGGAGGAUCUCUCCUAUCCUGAUCCUGAAACACCAGAGGAAGAAACCUUCGGGGUGACGGUGGCUGUGUGUCUGGCAGGAUCCGCUGGUAUUUUCUUCCUCAUUCUCUUCCUCCUCAUCAACAAAUAUGGCCGCCGCUCCAAGUUGGGUAUGAAAGGACCCGUUGCUGUCAUCCAUGGUGAGGAAGACUCAGCUACUCCUCUUCAUCACCUAAACCAUGGGCUCCUUUCUCCGUGCGCCCUGGAGGCAGGGCCUGAUGCUGUCGCCAUGGCGAUGACUCACAUCCCUGCCGAGCAGUCUCAGCAGCUUCAGACAUACUACAGACCCAGCAGCUCCAGCCCCGCCUCCUUCGUGCCGCACAUCCAGAGGAGGGACAUCAUCCUGAAGAGGGAGUUGGGGGAGGGGGCCUUCGGCAAGGUCUUCCUUGCUGAGUGCUAUGACCUCCACCCUACCACCCCCAAGACCCUGGCUGCAGUCAAGACCAUCAGAGAGCCCAGUCUGUCUGCGAGGAAAGACUUCCAGCGCGAGGCGGAGCUGCUGACCAACCUGCAGCACGAGCACAUUGUCCAUUUCUACGGCGUGUGUGUUGACGGGGACCCGCUCAUCAUGGUGUUUGAGUACAUGAAGCACGGGGACCUCAACAAGUUCCUCAGGGCUCACAGUCCUGAUUCUAUUGUCCUGGUGAACGGGGAGCACGCGCAGACUAGUGGACACCUGGCUAUGUCCCAGAUGCUCCUCAUGGCCUCCCAGGUGGCCUCUGGGAUGGUGUACCUGGCCUCCCAGCACUUCGUCCACCGAGACCUGGCCACGCGCAACUGUUUGGUGGGUGACGGCCUGGUGGUGAAGAUCGGGGACUUCGGCAUGUCCCGGGACAUCUACAGCGCCGACUACUACAGGGUGGGAGGUCACACCAUGCUUCCUAUCCGAUGGAUGCCCCCAGAGAGUGUGCUCUACAGGAGGUUCACCGUGGAGACGGAUGUUUGGAGCUUUGGGGUGAUCAUAUGGGAGAUCUUCACCUACGGGAAGCAGCCCUGGUUUCAGCUGUCUAACACUGAGGUAAUGGAGUACUUAGUGCAGGGGGCGGUUCUCGACAGGCCGAGGGCGUGUCCUAAGGAGGUGUAUGACAUCAUGCUGGGAUGCUGGCAGACCGACCCUCAACUCAGACUCACCAUCCAGGAGCUUCACAGGCUGCUGCUUCUCCUGGGGAAGACCUCCCCCAACUACCUGGACAUCCUGGGCUAGAGCCAACCCCGGCCUGGUCCUGGUCUCGGUCCUGGUUGUCCUGGUCUGGUCUGGUCUAAUCCUCGUCCUGGCAUGGUCUGGUUCUUGUCUGGUCUGGUAUGGUCGGGUCUGGAUUGGUCCUGGCCUGGUCUUUCCUGGUCUGGUAUGGUCCUAGUCCUGGUCUGAACUUGUCUGGUGUCACUCAGACCUGACACUGAUGGAACUUAAGUGCCUGUAAGACAUUUGGAUACCUCAGGAUUAUGAAGAAUCGUAAAAACACGUUUUCUGGAUUCUAAUAGAAGAAACAAGUGGAAGUGUAUUAUUUUCUUAGAACUGGUCUCGAAGGGUAAGGCAGUGUAAUGCAUUUGAUUAAGAAAAAAAAUGUUGCCCUCUUUUUUGGAAUGAACGAGAUAAUUUUCUCCGAUUUUUGAGAAAAUAUUUCAUGAAAUAGAAAAAUCUGCCUUGUUUCACUGAAUUAAUGAAAUAUCUCAGAUUUUCAAAGGAAACUCUUAUUCACUUGAAAAUAUGAUUUUUGGAAGCAACAAGUCCGGCCUGUUAAAUUGAAUCCAGUUGUAUUUGGGUUUGUAUUGGGAGAUAUCAUGUCUUUAAGUCAUAAAGAUGGUACUGUUAUGAGUUUGUCGGAUUUGCGCCGGCACCUCAGGACUUUGCCGGUGUUCAGACCCAAAGCCCUUGCUGACAUAAUUUGGCACGUAACAUGUAACUCCUUAUAUGUUAAUAUCAAGAUGCCUUUUUUGAGGCAUCUUGAUAUUUCAGAAAUACAGAGCAGUCAUUUCUUUUCACUCCAACUUUUCUCAGAACUCGAGAUAAUUAUCUUGUUCAUUCAGAAAAACAGGGCAAUGUUUUUAUCAAGUGAAUGCAUUAUGCUUCACUAUGUAGAAAUAUGUACUAAUAAAUAUAUUUUAUAUAGAAAUAUACAUGUAUUUAUUAGUUUUGUGGAAGUGCCAUCAAGGAUAUCUGAUUGGCUGUGCUGUACUGGUCGAUUCCUGUAGUUGUUUUCCUUGUCAUCAUUGUGUUCACUGUCACUUUUUUGUGGUUCUCCCCUGUAGGUCACAUAACCACAGAAAUGCAACUUUGUGUGU